AUGUUAACAUGUCGUUCCCGUUUAUUAAAGCGUAGUCGUAAUCGUCUCUUAUUACUGAGAAGGGCCAGAUACAUAUGGUGUACCUUCAUAAUACUUGUGAUGGUAUCUGUUAUCUUUUAUCUAUGUGUUACACGAAUUUAUUUAGUACCUCAGUUAGAUAUUAAUAAAUUAUGUGCUUUUAAUCUGCAAAACUUCUCGUCUUUAACAGACGUGAAUUAUAAAGAACCAGCUCGUUAUUCCAUCGUAUCCAUCAUUAUAAGCCCUUCAGCUUAUCCCCAUCCAUUUUUAGAAAGUAAAUCAAUCUAUGCUGAUUUACAUAACUAUCAAUUACAAAUUUAUUAUCAUCAGUUAGAUUAUUCGAGAAACAUAUUUUGGAAUAAAGUUCUGACAGUUGCAAGGAUCACAAAGCAGUUGAAUAGUUCAAUUACCUGGAUUUGGCUAUUAGAUUAUGAUACGUUAAUAUUUAACUUUGCUAUUAGUUUAGAAGAUAUAAUCGAAAAAGAAGCUGCGGAGUCAACCGAUAUACUUUAUACUACCGAUAGUAAUGGUCUAAAUGGCGGCUCAAUUUUAAUUCGUAAUUCCCGAUGGAUCCAAGAAUUUUUAUUACCCCGAUGGUAUAAUACAAACAAUGAAAGCAUACCUCGAAUCGGAAAAUGGUGUGAGCAAGGCUCGUUAGAUCAUCUGAUUAAUACCGAUCCCGAAAUCAAACGGCAUGCUGUUAAUAUUGAUAUACGAAAGAUGAAUAGCUAUGGUGGCCGAGUAGAUGGGACGUCGGCUCGCUUUCGCGAGGGUGAUUUCUUGGUUCAUUUCCCAGGAAACGGUUUCAAAUACUGGAUGAAUGGUUAUGCUAGGAUAUGGUCUGAAAUGAUGGGUAAAGAAGGCUGUGAUCUUCGAAACCGAUGGUUUGGGUGGUAA